AUGUCUGACAACGGCGAGAUCGAGGUCGAGGCCACCUCCCACCAGGUCCUUCCCAAGGAUGUUGUUGCCGAGAUUGGCAGCGUCAAGCUGUUCAACCGCUGGUCCUACGAGGAUGUCGAGAUCCGCGAUAUCUCCCUGACCGACUACAUCCAGAUCCGAUCCCCCGUGUACAUCCCUCACUCUGCUGGCCGAUAUGCCGUCAAGCGCUUCCGCAAGGCCAACUGCCCCAUCAUUGAGCGCCUCACCAACUCGCUCAUGAUGCACGGCCGCAACAACGGAAAGAAGCUCAUGGCCGUCCGCAUCGUUGCGCACGCCUUCGAGAUCAUCCACCUUAUGACCGACCAGAACCCCAUCCAGAUUGCCGUCGAUGCCAUCGUCAACUGCGGCCCGAGAGAAGACAGCACACGAAUCGGUUCUGCGGGUACUGUCCGCCGACAAGCUGUCGAUGUCUCGCCUCUGCGCCGUGUCAACCAGGCCAUCGCCCUGCUCACCACCGGUGCUCGUGAGGCCUCGUUCCGCAACAUCAAGUCGAUCGCCGAGUGCUUGGCUGAGGAGCUGAUUAACGCUGCCAAGGGAAGCAGCAACUCGUACGCCAUCAAGAAGAAGGACGAGUUGGAGCGUGUGGCCAAGAGCAACCGUUAA